GGUGAUGCUACCCCUUCCCACUCCUCCGCCUCCGAACGGAUGAUUAAGGCGAAGGCUGCCAAUCUCCAUCAACGUAUGAUGACUGUGGCCACCCAUGUGUCGCCCGUCGAUAUCAGCGCUUCUCCUGGCCUUAAGAGUACGACUCCGCAGACUCCGCAGACUCCGCAGCAGCUGCAAAGAGGGAACGACGACGUGAAGGCCAAGGAGGCGGUGGAGGCGAAAGAGCUGGCGGAGGGGAAAGUGGCGGUAAGAGUGAAUGCCUCUUCUCAGAAUGGCGUAUGUGAUCGACGUCGUUAUCGUGCCGUAUCUGAUCUGCGAGAUGACAAAGUGACGAUUCUCGUGAGUAGUCGCCUGGAGUCACGGCUACCUCUUCUGCGCGAGAAUUUGCUGAUGUUUUCCAGGAGCCCAGUUGUGAUUGCCAUCUUCGUUCUCUGGUUCAAUGACACGGCAGCUCCGCAAGACCGCGAAUUCCGCACCGAUGGGGCGCCCAUCCGCGUCAUUCAGCAGAAUUCGCUGAGUUUCAAUGACCGCUUUCUUCCCCGGGAAUUCAUAACGACGGCGGCUGUUGUCAUUGCUGACGACGACAUCGGAUUGGAGAAGGUGGAGAGUCUAGCCUUUGCGCUGACAGUAUGGCGUGAGCAUCGUGCUCGCAUCGUCGGGUUUUUCCCGAGAGCCCAUUGGCUCGACACCGACAGGCGUGUCUGGAAGUACAUGUACUCGCGGGAGUUCUACUCCAUGAUGCUCACCAAGUUCAUGGUGUUGUCCACGGAGUACCUGUACAUGUACACCUGCCACAAUGCGCCGGGGGUGCGGGAGUACGUCGAGAAGGGGUCCAAUUGCGAGGACAUAGCGAUGAACUUCCUCGUUUCCAACCUCAGCCACGUGGCACCCCUCCUUCUCCAGGGCAAGACGAGAGAUUGGGGCGACGCGCGCAACUCCCAGCAGCAGCACCUGAUCAACGGAGCGGUGUCGAGCAAGAAGGGUCAUCAGGUGGCGCGGGCCGACUGUAUCGCGGAGUUCGUGCGGCUCUGGGGCGGCAUGCCCUUGCGCUACAACUACGCGACGGUUGUCCCACAGGUGGAGCAAGAGGCGCUGUGCGACAAGCACUCCUUCUUGGUUAAUUGUGAGACACAUGCGGGGACGCGAUUGCAAGUGCGGCGAGUGGUCGGGGAACAUGUCGUGGUCAAGCGUCACACGUACGCGUACGCCACCUUGGUCAGCUCCGUGUCGCUCAUUAGGACAGCGCUGGUGCUCGCGCAGUCCUUACGCAGCACGGGAACUGCCCACCAUCUCGUGUUGAUGGUCAGCAGUGCGCAGGGCGAUUUGAAACCCAUUGUGGAGACAUACCAGGAGAAGGAGAGGAGGGCGAGGAAUGGCACGGAGGAAGGGGAGAUGGCGGCGCGGGCAGUGUAUAGACCAGAAACGGACGACGAUGAGACCACGAGGAUGGUCAAGGCGUUGUUUGCUCAUUACGAUGUCGUGAGGGUCGUGAACAAAAUCGAAAACCCUCAUGGGAUUGUAGGGUUCGACAAGAUCAAUGCAUGGCUGUUCACAGAGUACUCCAAGAUGGUCUUCCUCGACGUCGAUAUGCUAGUGUUGGACAACCUGGAUGAGCUCUUCGAUCGACCAGAGCCGGCGGCGGUGCCCGACCUCUACAUAGGCAAUCGAUUUAACAGCGGAUUGAUGGUCCUGAAGCCGUCAAAAGCCAUGUACGCCGACUUGGUGGCGGCGACCUCAAGGUUGCCAUCGUAUAAUAAAGGCGAUCAGGGAUUUUUUAACUCUUACUUCGACGGGUGGUACGAUAUGCCGAGCGAGCAUAGGCUGCAUUUCCGCUUUAACACCAUCGUAAACUUCCCAAGGCAUUACCAUUCACCGCAAUGGUUCGAUGCGAAUCGGGCCGACGAGGUGCUGUACGUGGACAGGGAUUUCUCAUCGCCAUCAUCAUCGUCAUCAUCCUCGUCAUCAUCAUCGCCAUCAUCAUCGUCAGGAGGAGGAGGAGGAGGAGGAGGAGGAGAUUCAGAACGAAGGGGGGGGCCGAUCAGAGUGAUUCACUUCGCUAAUCCAUGGUACAAACCAUGGAGCAUGAAGAUGUCGACCUGUGGGAACGUCUGGUGCACAGCUUGGCGCGGAUUGGCAGGAGAUCUGCAACAGAACUCAUGGGCUCCGAUUGACCCGCCAGAACCGGUCUCCCCAGUACGUUUCCUCCCUCACCCUGAAUGGUACCCUGCCUAUGAUGCAAUUAAAGCGGCAGGAGGCCAUUUUCAACCACCACCACCUACACUCCCCGCCGCCGCCGCCGCCGCCGCCGCCGCCGCCGCUUCUUCAGCUCCUACGUCCCUUCCUCCAUCCUUUUCCCCCCUCCCCCGGCCCCGGCAUUCCCCCGUCCGGAGUCGAAUUCCUUUGUGGACUGACCCUAAAGACGAGGUGCUCGUUACUCUCGUUUCUGAGAGGACUGUGGCCGCUGCUGCCGUUUGGGCUGCGUCCUAUCGUAAACACCACGCAUCGAAUUAUUCCAGAUGCAUUAUGCUGAUGGUGCCCUCGAGCCUUCGAAAGGACCUCUGGGACCCUUUAGUCCCCUUAUUUGACCGAGUUCAAGUGGUCCCCCCCCUCCAGCUCCAGGUACGCCUCGGUGGUAGGCGGCGGUUGAACCAGCUUCAAGAAAGCAACCUAGUAGAGUCCAAGGGUAAUACAAAUAAAGGCGGCGGGGAGGAGGAGGAGUUAUCAGGCAAGAACAUCAUGAGCGCUGGUGCCAAGGAAGUAGGUCUACUACCCCCCCAAGGAAACACCUCGUCGCAACAACCGGAACAAUCGAUGAGAAAAGACGAGGGAGGGAAGGAGAAGAUAGGCGACAGUGGCAUCGUGACUCUGGGUGAGGAAUUCAAUGUACUCCAUCUUUGGAAUCUCACGGACUGGGCGAAGGUGGUGUACGUCAAUCCCAUGUCCCUAUUCGUGGAGAACGUGAAUUCGCUCUUUGAUUAUCAGCCAUUCGCGGCCGGCCCUGCUGUGUUUCCCCCCGAUCAAUUCUCGUCGAGGGUUUUGGUGAUCCGACCAUGGGCAGAGACCUACCAAGAUCUGCUGCAGAAGGCUAAUCAGCUGCCCAACAUUCGCGGGCCUGAUGCCGAAGGGUUCCUUAAUGAGUACUUCUAUGAUUGGUACUCGAUGUCGUCCAAGCACCGGAUUUCACCUUCUUACAUUGUGGACAUGUGGUUCAAGGAGUGGAUGAUGGAGUACUUCCGACCAUACAAGAUACUGACCUUCAACGAGGACAUGGGCCUGAUGGACGUAGGGGUGCGUCACACCCCUGGGGACCGGCAACAAGCAGUGCAGCAGUGGCGGGACACCUUCUGCGGACUCGAGGAAUCGGUAAGACGGCGGCUGGCCAACGGGGGGGGGGGGGGGGCAGAGAAGCUAUGCGCCACGGCACAGUCGAAAAGGUAGCACGAGGCAUAAGACAAAUUAGUUAGA